AUGGUGCAAAAGCUUGCUUGGUCUGACUCACGCCCAACUCUCCAGAAGGUCUUUACCUCCAGAAGGUCUGAGGCUGUUUUAAGAACAAUUCAUACAGGAGCCUUGAUUAAGAAACGGCAAAUUGAGGACUAUUUUAUUCCAAUUGGUUUAGUUGAGAACAGUGGGAGAUGCAAUAAGAAUGAGAGUGAUGAAAAGGUUCUUCCAAAUAGGAAGUUGAUUGAUGGUUCGGGUUCGAAUGUUAGGGGAAAGCUCCUCAUCCCUAAUGUGAUCGGGGUUCAGUGGCUCAUUGUGGAACUAAUUAAACGAUCAGUCAUUGCUGACAUUGCCAAAGGGGGACGGUCUUUGUGA